AUGUUCUUUCAUUUUAUCUUGUUUGCUCGCCAAAGCAGGCAAAUGAUAAUUCACCACGAAGACAUGUGUCUGCUCAUGUUAGCUGUGUUAGCCAAUCUUUGGGUUGUAUCAUCAAAGUGGAUGAUAGGCGAUUAUUAUAUGGAAAAGUGUGACCCUAACGCUGGAAUAGAUUCUGGUUCUGACCUGUUCGUCGCAAAAGCCCACGUCAUUACAGUCAAUAAGGAAAGCAGACAAAAAACACAUAAUUUUUAUACAACGGAAUGCAUUCAUGGUAUUUUUGAGAAAGACAAGUAUCCGGUAAAUUGGAAUCUCAGUGCCUAUGAAGAGUACUACGACAGACUUCUUAAUAAUUCUGAGUUAGUCCUCGCAAUCCUUGUUGGACGAAAUGGAACGAAUCGCAAAAACGACAACCGUGUGGUGUUUCAUCAUGCGGACUAUAAGGAAUGUGUCGGCGACAAGAACGAGACAGGAACAGAGUCCGACUUUUCCAGUAUGUAUUUCAAGAGUCCUUUCCGACCUGGCCGCAUCGUGAUUGAUAUAUAUGAAGAUACAUCAAGGAAGCGUCACCUCUCAACUUUGUUGGACUACAAACCUCCUCAAGAUUGUUACGCGACAGGCAGCUGGAUUGCCAAUGAGGGACUUUACCUUUUGGAUGUAACAACGCAAGAGUGGUAUCCGAUUUACUAUGAUAUCUGGAGCGAACCCGUCUUUAUUUUCUGAUUCGACAGUCAUGUGUUAUUUAUAAAUUUUUGUUUGCUGGGCCUUUUGUGUUAUUGCUAGAAACGUUUUUCACACUUUUUUCUCUCUCAGAGCUAGGGUAAAUCUACCUAGACGACAA